UUAUCUGUCUAAAUUAUGCUCAUAUCACUUCUCCCCAGCAUUAAGUUUUAUGUUAUAUCUGACAUGCAGUUAAAAUGUCGCUAUUUCCACAGAUUACUUACCCAUAUCAGCACCAUGCAGUGGACAAGGGAAACGAGUGACCUGGUCCUGGCAGUGUAUGGCAUCACGCUGAUCACAGGCCUUCCUGCCAACCUGCUGGCCUUCUACACCUUCGUCCAAAAAGUAAAGCAGAACGCCAAACCCAUUGAUGUGCUCUUGCUAAGUCUCAACAUCUCAGACCUGAUCUUCCUCUUCUUCCUCCCCUUACGGAUGAAAGAGGCAGCCGACAUGAAAUGGAACAUGAGCUACUUCCUUUGUUCAGUGUCGAUUUUCAUCUUCUUCACCACCAUCUACAACAGCACCUUUCUCUUGACGGCUAUCGGUGUGGAGCGCUACCUCGGAGUGGCCUUCCCGGUCAGGUACAAAAUCAAGCGGAAUCCUCGCCACGCGGUGACAGCAAGCGUCAUGUUCUGGGUGAUUUCCAUUGUGCACUGCAGUGUUGUCUUUAUUGUGCAGUAUUAUUCCCCCACCAACACCACCAUUCGACUCAAGCAAAACUCCUGCUAUGGGGAGUUCAACAAAGAACAGAUGACCAUCCUCAUGCCCUUCCGCCUGGAGCUGUUUGUGGUAUUUUUCUGCGUCCCUUUCCUCAUCUGCUGCUUCUGCUACAUCAACUUUAUCCUCAUCCUCUCCCGACUACCCAACGUCAAUCCCAAGAAGCGCUUCAGGGCGAUUGGGCUCGCUCUUGGCACUCUCCUCGUCUUCAUCGUCUGCUUCAUGCCCUUUAGCAUGACCCACUUGGUGGGUUUCAUUGGUUGGUACAGUCCAAAUUGGAGAGUGUACGCAUUGCUCACCAGCACCUUUAACGCCUGUAUGGACCCCUUUAUCUUCUAUUUCUCCUCUUCAGCACUCCGGGCAACGUUCAAACACUGCUUACAGGGACUAAUCAAAAGGCUGUCCUGCUGUCCCAAAGCUCUGUGCUGCCCCAAGAUGAACCGCUCCAGUGCUAAGGAGAACACACAAAGCUCCAGCGGCAGCUUUCACUUGAUUCAGCAUUAAUUUUGGAUUGCUCUUUUCCCUCAUUUCUUUGUGAGAAAAUGAAGAUCAAGAAUACCAGUAGACUGUUAACCAAGAGCAACCAGGAUGAAACCCCAAAACUAAAUUGAUCAUGUAUGUCCUUGAACAGUGACCACAGGAUCAAAACUCCAGCUCUGAUGCCUACAGUGCUCCAAACUACAGCUUAUCAAAGUUUGUGAUCUGUCCUGUAGCUAUGCGCAUGUUUGAAAAAAAAAGAUUUAUAGAAAGUUUUAAAGAUGUAAAGAACCUUCACAUAAUAUAAAUGUCCUAUACAAAUGUAAGGGCUCUUAGAACAUAUUAUGUGGAAUUUCCUUAAAUUUUAACAGUUCUUUAUUUUCUUCACCCAGUUUAGAAGAGUGUUGUGUGGUUUAGUAUGUGUUAUUGUGUACUCUGCAUCUGUUCAAUUCAUGCAAAUUUAUUGUUUGUGUAUAUUUUUAUGUAACCUUUGCGGAGAAUUGAAAGCUAUAUAAACUAGAGGUCAGUUCAGGGCUGACACAUCACAGGCCAAAAUUUCUUUCUUUGACAGUUUCUACCAACAUGGCACAAGGUUAUCAGCCAACACGGCAACAGUUAAGCAAUUGUUCACAGUUGUGUAUCUUGAGAAAUGAAAGAAGCAGACAGCAGAAAUGGUUGUGGUCAUAGUUUUGUUCCGUCUUCUGCUGAAAUCAUCUUACAAAAUACUUUGCUGAUCUCCUGGAAACACAUGAACCCAAAAGGCCUCUCCAAUCACUUGGGACCGGUCAGUUAUUAGUGCCCAGAAUCAGAAUCAAACAGGGUGAGGCAGCAUUCAGUCACUAUGCUGCCAACUGUGGGAACAAACUCCCAGAUGAGAUUUUAUUGUCUUUUAUUAUUGUCUUUGUACUUUGAGCUAUGUACUUUGUACCUUCUUUCAAUUAACUACCUUUGCAAAGGCCUUU